AUGAUCACAAAAAGAAGAGAAUUUGGCGAUGCGCUGACAAGAUUCGUCGACGAGGAAACCCGCAAAUAUGAGAACGAAAUCGGUGAUGCGUAUGUGGAGCAGUUGCUGAAUGAUGAUGAAACAGUAUAUCCAACAUCAACGGACUCUAUAGAAUGGCAACACAAAAUUGACGCCGCGAAUGACUCGGAAUCAGUGCCGUUCAGUGAUUGUUUUCAAUUCAUUAUGCGAAAUUCGUCGCAUGAACGCAUCGAUAUGAUUAUUUCACUUGAACGAAAGAUGGCUGAAAAGAUGAGUGCUUUGGUUCGAGCACGGGACUUUGAGUUGGAACGUAUGGUUCGUGAAUGCGAAGAGGCCGUUAAGGAGACCAUCUCUGAUGAAGGCAAUCCGCUACCAGCAAACGCACAUCAACUCAGCCGACUCAACGAGAAACUUCGGCAGGUCAGUACCAACUACAGUUGUCAGAUUCAAGCAUUGGUGGAUCGACAACGUCACGAGUACAGGAAUCUGAUUCGAAAUCUCUAUGAACGCGACGAAUUUCCUCCAGAAGCGUUGAACGACAUUCCGUCACCAUUAGCGCCUAUUUGUCGAAAGUCAAAUUCAGCGUUUGCGAAUUUAAAUUCGGCGAAAGAGUCGCCAACGGAUCGUUUCGAAGAAAGUUUCACAAUUUAUCUCGGUAGGUAG